GGCGUGGCCCGGCCCGGGCGGCGGCGGUAGCUGCGACCAUGCAGCGGCAGGCGGCGGGCGGCGGCACGGGCAGCUCGCCGGUACCCAGGGCCGGGCCGGCGGCCGAGGUGACGGAGCUACUGCCCUUCCUGGCGCCCGGAGCGCGGGCAGACCUGCGGGCGGCGGCGGCGCAGCAUGUGCUGGCACUCACCGGCUCGGCGGCGGGCCGCGCGCUGUUGGCCUCACGGGCCGUGGGGCUGCGGGCGCUGCUCGCGCUGGCGGCCGCCCCAGCCCCGGCGCCGGCCCGCGACGCCUUGCGCGCGCUCGUCAACCUGGCGGCCGAGCCCGGCCUGCAUGAGCAGCUGCUGGCGGCCGAGCCCGGGUGGCCGGCCCUUCUGCUGAGCCGCACGCUGGACCCCCAGUGGCCCUGGGCGGAGGAGGCGGCCGCUGUUCUGGCCAACCUCAGCCGCGAGCCGGCGCCGUGUGCCGAGCUGCUGGCGGCGCUGGCGGCGGCCGGGCCCGGGGAGCCGGGUCUGGAGCUACUGGUGCGCGCGCUGUGCACCCCGGGGUAUAACGCCCACGCGCCCCUACACUACCUGGGGCCGCUGCUCUCCAACCUCAGUCAGCAGCCGGCGGCGCGCGCCUUCCUUCUCGACCCGGCCAGGUGCGUGGUCCAGCGGCUGCUGCCCCUCACCCAGUACCCCGAUUCCUCAGUGCGGAGGGGCGGGGUGGUGGGGACCCUGCGCAACUGCUGCUUUGAGCACCGGAACCAUGAGUGGUUGCUGGGGCCCGAGGUGGACAUCCUUCCAUUCCUGCUGCUGCCCUUGGCGGGGCCUGAGGACUUCUCUGAGGAGGAGAUGGAGCGGCUGCCUGUGGACCUGCAAUACCUGCCCCCGGACAAGCUGCGUGAGCCAGACGCUGACAUCCGCAAGAUGCUCAUUGAGGCGGUUAUGCUGCUGACAGCUACAGCCCUUGGUCGGCAGCAGGUGAGGGACCAGGGAGCCUAUCUGAUCCUUCGGGAGCUGCACAGCUGGGAGCCAGAGCCUGACGUGCGGUCAGCCUGUGAGAGGCUCAUCCAGGUGCUUAUUGGGGACGAGCCUGAGCGUGGCAUGGAGAACCUAUUGGAGGUGCAGGUGCCGGAGGAUGUGGAGCAGCAACUGCAGCAGCUGGACCUUCAGGAGCAAGUGCAGUGGGAGCAGGAACGUCGGGAGCAGCAGGAGCAGCAGCUGGCCCCCAGGCCACCAGCAGAGGGCAGCAGGCCCCCUACCUGAGCGGAGAGGCAGCCCCUGGACUUCCAGUGUACCCAGGGCCUGGGCGCGGGUGCCAGUGCGCAGGGGCAGGCUGGGAUGCCUUCUUCACUCUUUGGCCACCAGCAGAAGGGAAGCUGCCACAGAUGCAUGGCAAACCUGAGAGGCCAUGGGAGCUUCUCAGCCCGGGUCACUGUAGGGUCAGGGCAUAGGCAGGCAAGAUUUAUACGAGGGCCCUAGCUGUCCACCUGCCUGGCCUCACUGACCACAGCCUUUCCUGACAUGGCCAUCUCUCAGCCUCCACCUUUUUGCCUGACCUGAGUCUUGACUCCAGAGCCGCUGACCUCUAUGUAGAAGCCUUCCCAAACCCUGUAGCCUGCUGUUCCCCAAACCCCCUCCAGUCCCCUCCCAGCCCUUCUGAUCCCACAAACCUGCUCGCCUCGGCUCCUGUAUAACCUCUGGCUUUGCAGCCUGAGUUCUGCUCUCAGACCCAAAUGACACCAGGCUUGGUACAGAACCAGUGUGGCCCUGUUGUCAGAGGAGCUUGGGUCCUGGGCCUUCUCAGCAUCUACCGCCUGGCUCCCCUGGGUGCCAGCUAUCUCUUGUUCCUCAGAUAAAGCUCUGCCUGGCAGUAUCUCAUGGUGUUUUCCCUGUCGCCCUCUCUGAGGUGACCUGCAACUCCACACAAUAAAUGCUUUAUCUUG